UAAUGUCUCCCUUGACUACCCCAAAAGAAUUUCAUAUCUAAUUUGUUUUAAUUUAGCAUAAAGAGAGUGAAUUGAUUCUCAAGCUAAGCUUCCUUCUUCAUUCUUCUCUAACUACAACCGCCCAUUUCUCAUCUCUUACUUUAUUUAAUUUUUCUUCCUCCCCCCAUUCUCUUCACAUGUUUGUUCCACCCCCUCCAACCAAUUAAUUGGCCCCCAAACACCCUCCCAAUAAAAAUAAAAACUUUUCUAAUUUUUCUAUUUUUAAUUUAAUUUAAUUUAAUUUUAUAAAAACCCCAAGCUGAUCAACAGUCAAGCCUCCUUCCCCACCCUCCCUAGAAUUUCUCUUGUUGGUUCUCCUAGUUCAUUGGGUAUAAGUACAAAAUAUGUGUCAGAUUUUUAGUCAGAAGUAAAAUCUCCUUUUGUCUUUCUGACAAUAGGACCCUUUUGUGUCAGAAAAUUCACCAAAAAAAAAAAACCUACAAAAUCUCUUCUUCUAAAAUCCAAUUUUUUUUCUUCUGCUCACAAAAUUUCGCCUAGAUUUUAGAACCAUUUAUACUCAUUAUUUUCCCAAACAAACCCUAAAGAAAAAACAUCCCAAAAAAACAAAAAUGAAUUCUCAUCAAAAUCAACGUCUUAUACCCUUAAACCUCAAGUCACUAAGAACAAGAUUUGCCCUUCGUUUCCUAAAAGCCCUAAAAAAAAUCAACCGCCAAGAAAAAAUCCAUAACAAUAAUGGCAGUGCUUGUAAUGUUGUAAUGAUGAAUCAUCAUAAAUUCCACAAGAUUAAGGUGGCUGCUGAUGCAUCCAUGGCCGCGGCCGUUGGUCCAAAACGGGCGUGGAGCCGGGCUGUGCUGUCGAGGAUCCGGCUUAGCUGGUGGCGGCGGCGUGGGUUGUUGAGAAGAGAUAAUAUUGUUGCUAGAAAGCAACGGCGAGGCGCGGUCCGUGGUGUGAUGACUCAACAAGGACAAACACAAGAGCUAAGGAGGUUGGUGCCUGGUGGAGAACAAAUGGAUAUGCAAAAAUUGUUAGAUGAGACUGCUCAUUAUAUUAAGUGUCUUACUACUCAGGUAAAUGUCAUGAGAAGUAUUGUUAAUUACUGCUCUACAACGGUUAAUUAAUUCUUAAUAAGUUAAUUAAUAAGCUAAGCAUGUAAUGUAAUACUCCUAUAUGUUUAUUAUAGGGGUCCUAAAAAACAAAAAAUAAAACUAUAUAUAUAAAAUGAAAGGAGGAUUUAUAUAAUAAGGUUUGAUGAGUAAGCUUAAGGUGAGGUUGUUGUUGGUCAAGGUAGUAUGGAAUUAAUUAAUACAGAAGAUGUAACAUAUGUUUGUAGAUUAUUCAUCAUGUUAUAAACAUAAUGAAAUAUAUAUAGUUUGAUAUAAAUUGUACA